AGACUUACACACCAAAUACCUUACUAACCAACCACACCAUACUCCUCUCCUCCUAAACUCAUGGAUCACCAAACUUUCAUUCUCUCGUUUCUUUUCUUCUUCAUCUUCUCCGCCUCGGCGUUUAAGCCGACGUUCUCAUCGAUCUCAUCUACGCCCAACGGAGAAGAAGAUCCAUUAAUUCGUCAGGUGGUCGGUGAUGGAGGAGUGCGGUUGGGAGCAGAGCAUCACUUUAAUGAAUUUAAGCAUAGGUUUGGGAAGGUGUAUUCUUCCAAGGAAGAACAUGAUUAUAGGUUUUUCAUAUUUAAGGUUAAUUUGCACCGUGCUAAGAGACAUCAGAGAAUGGAUCCUUCAGCGGUUCAUGGUAUUACCAGAUUCUCUGAUUUGACUGGGAGGGAGUUUCGGGAGACUGUUUUGGGAUUGAGAAGGGUGAAGUUGCCUUCUGAUGCGAAUGCCGCGCCGAUUCUUCCUACCGAUAAUCUUCCUGCUGAUUUUGAUUGGAGAGAACAUGGAGCGGUUACUGGUGUUAAGAAUCAGGGUUCUUGUGGAUCAUGUUGGAGUUUCAGCACAACUGGUGCACUUGAAGGUGCUCACUUCCUAUCUACCGGAAAGCUUGUCAGUCUUAGUGAGCAACAGCUUGUUGAUUGUGACCAUGAGUGUGAUCCAGAGGAGAAGGGUUCUUGCGAUGCCGGUUGCAAUGGUGGAUUGAUGAAUAGUGCUUUUGAGUAUAUUUUAAAAUCUGGUGGGGUUAUGCGAGAGGAAGACUAUCCUUAUUCCGGCACUGAUCGUGGCGCAUGCAAAUUUGAUAAGAAAAAGAUUGCAGCAUCAGUUGCAAAUUUCAGUGUUGUUUCACUUGAUGAAGACCAGAUUGCUGCCAAUCUUGUCAAAAAUGGACCUCUUGCUGUUGCCAUAAAUGCAGUAUAUAUGCAGACAUAUGUGGGUGGAGUAUCAUGUCCAUACAUAUGUUCAAGAAAGCUGGAUCAUGGAGUCUUGUUGGUGGGGUAUGGUUCCGGAGCUUAUUCACCGAUUAGGAUGAAGGAGAAGCCGUACUGGAUUAUCAAAAACUCAUGGGGUGAGAACUGGGGAGAAAAUGGCUAUUACAAGAUCUGCAGAGGAAGAAACGUUUGUGGAGUGGACUCCAUGGUGUCUACCGUCGCCGCUGUUCACACUACUGCUCAGUAGUGUGAUCUUUUUUUCCAAUGACAUUUGUUUCUCUUAUAUCUUAAACAAACAUAUGUAAUAUAUAUUUAACUUGUUUAAUUUUGAAUUUAAUAUGAAAUUAAUAAUUUUAUUUUUAA